GGCUUUGGGGGAGUGACCAUUGCUGCACAAACAGUUUAAACUCUGAAGCUUUGCUGUGACUUAGUGCUUCCCUCUAUUAAAGAAGGAUUUCAGGAUAUUGGUGCUGGUAGCACUGAGAACAUAUGAGCCGCCAGUAAGUAAGGAGCUGUGGUGUUUGAGGGGGCUGCUUGGCAGAGGGUUUGCUCCAGAGUUACAAUAGGAAACAUGGGUGAUUUCUGUUCAGAAGGUCCAAUUGCUGCAGGUACAUCGGAUUUGGGGUUCGAGCCCUCUCAGAAAUACUGUUGUCCUUAUGCUUUUUUGUAUAGCUUAUAAUCAAGAACACUUCUUGUGUAGAUGUAGAAGUUGGUGUGAAUUUCAAAGCAAGUUAGAUUUAACUGCCUAAGAAGAAAAAUUGAGAAAGAAAAUAGCUUUUUAAAAUCUAAAGGAUUUAAGGUAGCUCUUCCUUUUAUGCUUUGUUAAAACAUGGUUUUUGUCUGAAAGCUUUAUAAGUAGUUUUGUAGAAAAUGGUCUGCUGCUUGUCUGCUGUUAUUGUUUCUAUUGAAGAUUUUUACAUAAGUAUUUGUAGCUUAGCCUAACACAGGUAAAGGCAAAGCAUAACUCAUAGGUGUCCCCUGGCUUAAAACUAUUUAGCUCAGUAUUCUGUAUUUUAGCAGGGGAAUGUUUGUUUUUCCUGUUUCUAGAGAAGAUCCUGCAACAGCUCAUCUUUCACCAGGGUUUUUCCCCUUACCCUGGUCAGAUCUGCAUACUCCAUCCUUCUGCCUAGAAAGGAGGUAUAUAUUCUAUAUUGACGUGGCCAGCUUUAUUUAAAUUGCUGACUGAAUUUAAUCAGAUAGCACUAGCAAAGCUGCCAUUACUAUAGUGUUAAGCUCUUUACAAGGAUCAAAUAUAAGAACUAUAAUUUUUCAGAUGACUAUCUUAAACCCAAUAGUGUGAAUAGUGGAAAUAGCUUUUAUAGGUUGCUUGGUUGUGCUCUUUAACACUAGUAUUGUGAGCCUCACAGGGAGGGAAAUAGCCCUAGCAAAGCAUUAACCUGUUGCCUUAUUCAGAAAUUUGGUUCCCUUCUGAGACACCCAGUGGUAGGACAUGAUUGGAUGCACUUCAUCUAUUCCAGUUGAUGAGGCUGCCAUGGUAUAAUUUGCCUAUUUUGGAAAAGUUACUUCAAGUUAAUAAAUCCUAAGUUUUCUGCAUGUAUUAGUCUUGGUGAUUAUAGGUUGGUGAAAGAAGUGAUGCUGUCAGUGUGGGGUACUGAUGUGGGUCAGUGCCAUCAGCAAUGAUGCGAGCUUUCAGCGCAUAAACCAGACGCUGACAGUUACAGAAGAACCUGGUGAACCAUCGGUCAUAAAUCAAGGUGUGGAUGUGCAGUGUUAAACCAUUAAAACCAUAUUGCAGACUGUAGUUUUGAAUUGCAUUUCUAGAAACAGUGGAUUUUUGUUAAGACUCAAGUAAACGAGUUAGUCUGUAGACUUUGCUAACAGUGAAGCACUAUGGACAGAAUAGGGGAAAACAAUCAAGCAUUUCAUCAGCCUUCUUGCUGUCCCUUGCCAAAAUUUGCAGGCUGUCCUGCAUUGCAUCAGUCCUGCUGGACAUUAUUUUCCAUCUAUAAUUUGAAGCCAGAUGGAAAAUGAAUCCAGUGUAUAUUGAUAGAGUUAUUUCAUAACAAGGGAAAAGCCUUUUGUAACGUGCCUGUGCUAGUUCAACCUGUAAAUCACCCUUUUAUUGUCUGGUUGGUCCAUGUCUAUAGCAGAAAAUGAAGCGAGGAUUGUUAGUAGGUAUGAGAAAAGCACGUUAAAGGCUCCAGGUAGAUUUUUUUGUUUUGUUUUUAAUCUGAUGCAAUCUGGAUGAAUGCACUUUGUAGUUGUUCUCCUGUGGUACAGGCAUAUCUACAGGUGCCAGUGGGUGGCCGACUUCAGACCUGCCAAGUGUCACGUUGCCUUGAGCAUCUCUUGUUUGAUUCGGCUGCACAGGGCAGUGCCUGCGGCUCAGACCUUUGUGCUAGAAGGUACCCAGGGCAGCCUGGUGACACUGGCUUCCCCGCUUAUGUGGCACUUCGUGCAUAGCCCUUCACCUUCUGGAAGAGGACAAAAACCUAUCUUAUGCUUAAAAGAGAAGUAGUAAGUGAAGAACCAGAUUUGUACUUGACAACUAGAAAAACUCUUAAAAAAAACCCAAACAAACAAAAAAACCCACCCUGCUAAUUCGAAGCUUAAAAUGUUUAAAGACUGUAGAAUUUGACCAAAAGCAGGGGGUAGGAUUUAAAAGCAGGAUGUGUUGUUGCUUUAGAAGUGACUUUCAUCUAAUGUAAGCUGUGCAAUACUGACAAUGUGAGCCCAUCACUUGCUUUUAUUUUUUAGUAAAGAAAUUAUAGGCUUGCGUUUGCUCCAAACAACGUGUAAAAGGAAUGGCAGCAUUUUGCAUUUUAAACUCUAGAUGAGUUCUAUGCACUUUACACUGAAAGUGUGGUUUUGAUAGGCAGGUUUUAUACAUAUUUUGUCUAUUCCAGUUUCCUAAUAGUGCUGUGUUUCCUUCUGUCUGGCAAUGCAGAAGGGAAGAGAGCAGAGCAUAAGAUGGGAAGGUCAGUGGAGACUGGAGCAGGCACAGGCUGGCAGGUUUUUUCCAGUACCCUUCUAUGCUGUUUUCUUUCCAUACUUUCUCCAUUUUAUUUUUUAAAAUCUUCAGGGACUCCCAAGUUACAGGUGUGGGAAUGAACAGAAGCUGGGACCAAAAUUCCUAGACCAAAAUGAGACUCCAGUCUCAUUCAUGCCAAUUCAAACCUGCUGUUUUCAGUGGAUUUCCUUCAUAUUUACAGAAUGAGACCCUAGAUCUGUUCUCGAUCUUUACUACAGCAGAAAGUUUUACUUUUUGCCUUUCUUUCUAACGGUUGGAUUACUCUCAGUCUGCACACUCCUCUGGAAUGCUUCCCUGCAACUGGGGAAUUUUUAUUGCCACCAAACUGACAAGCUCUUCUCUUAGGAAACGCAACCAACUCCUCACAUCACGGAGGCCCAGCAUGAAUGUUAACUGUGCUGGUGGGACAGACUGGUCAAGAAAUGUGGAGUCCAGUUGCUCUGUGGAAAACAAAACUGUAGCAGUCUGUGAGUCAGAAGAAAGUAACGUGGCGCUAGGAGGUCAUAGCCCUGCUGCAGUUCCCUGGACUGAGGGUUUAGAUUCUGAAUGCCGACAUACUGCUUGUCCAGCAAGUCCCCAGAUCAGUAGCAUGUUGUCUGCUCCUGAAGACACGCACAACUGUCACUUCCAAGAUGGAAAUAAGAGACAGUCAGAAUAUUUUAAUAGCCAGGAACGCCAUGGAUGCUGCGCUUUGUCUUCAAGCAUCAAUUCGCAAACAGUGGCUCCAGAGAAAGUGACGCUUGUGGUAGAUGGCACUCGCUUUGCAGUGAAUCCACAGAUUUUCACUGCUCACCCUGAUACUAUGCUGGGAAGAAUGUUUGGACCAGGAAGAGAAUAUAAUUUCACCAGGCCAAAUGAAAAGGGAGAAUAUGAAAUAGCAGAAGGAAUUAGCUCAGCUGUGUUCCGGACUGUGCUGGAUUAUUACAAAACCGGAAUCAUUAACUGCCCUGAUGGGAUUUCCAUCCCAGACCUUCGAGACACAUGUGAUUACCUCUGCAUAAACUUUGAUUUCAACACAAUCAAAUGUCAAGAUUUAAGUGCUCUGUUACAUGAGCUCUCCAAUGACGGUGCUCACAAGCAAUUUGAUAGCUACCUGGAGGAGCUAAUUCUGCCUAUAAUGGUGGAUAGCGCAAGAAAAGGGGAACGCGAAUGCCAUAUUGUCGUGCUGACAGAUGAAGACACUGUGGACUGGGAUGAAGAUCAUCCACCUCCGAUGGGAGAGGAGUACUCACAAAUUCUUUACAGUUCCAAGCUGUACAGAUUCUUCAAGUACAUUGAGAACCGCGAUGUUGCAAAAGCUGUAUUAAAGGAACGGGGCCUGAAAAAUAUUCGCAUUGGCAUUGAAGGAUACCCCACCUGUAAAGAGAAGGUGAAGAGGAGGCCUGGUGGCCGCUCAGAAGUGAUAUACAACUACGUUCAACGGCCAUUCAUACAGAUGUCAUGGGAAAAGGAAGAAGGCAAAAGCCGUCAUGUUGAUUUCCAGUGUGUUCGGAGCAAAUCUCUAACAAACCUAGUCACUGUGGGUGAUGAUGUUUCAGAGGACCAUGAGGUUAUAAUGCAUCACCCCCCACAAGUAGAUGAACUUGACAGGCUAAACGCACCGUUCUCCCAAAUGGCCGUUAACGAUCUACCAGAUUAGUCCUUCUCAGGGUGGAUAGUCCUGCUUGAUGUGGGAAUGUCUCAGCGUAGUUUCAUCCCAGGUGAUGGAACACAGACUCCUGCAAGGUGCUUUAUCCUCCUUCAUGCUCUUACUAUGUUGUCAUAUUUCAAGCAUGUUAAUAAAGAGCCACACUCCAUAGUCUAAUUGUGCAAUCAAAAGCAACAUCUCCUCAGACAAAAAGAAAUUAUGCUGUUUGUUUCUACUACAAAGGCUUCCAGACUGGUGGGUGCUGAAUAUUUUACCUAAACUUCUAAAAGAGGAGAAGUAUUUAGAAACGUCAUGUUUGACAUGAGAGAGGAAAUUGUGGGCCUGUCAGGACAAAGCUUUCCUUUACCAUUAGGCACUUAGCUUUGCUUUUGUGAUAAUCAGUUAUAAAGGACCGAACAUCAAAGCAGGACAGAUGAUACUCUUUCAUCAACCAGCAGAAAUGUAGCACAGUUGUGACAGCAAAAUCUUGAGUGUGGAGGAAUGAAAGCAAAAUCCUGUGUGUGGAGGAACCUGUUUACACUGCCACCUGGCUUUGCAUCCAGCAUGUUGUACUGCUGCUCUAGGGAAGGAUGAACUAGUUUAAUAGGAAGCAUAUGCCUGUUCACAGGAAUUUCCCAUAUAUAUUUCUCUGUAAGAUGAAAUCACUGAUUUUAGGGAUGUUGUCUGUUGAGUAAAAGAAGUAGAUCAUGCUGAAGGAAAAAGCUGAAAAGAAGAUACUGUAGUUGAUAUUUUACCAACAAAGUAAAUCUGUUUAGUAGCCUGGUAGAUCUAAGAAGCUUUCCAAAAGUGACUGUGCAUGCUAAUGACUUCCAGUUGUCUCCUGUGUCCCCCUGCUAAGACAGAAAAAGCCAGUGGAGGAACUCCCAUUACAGACAGUUUAUUACCUGAGUAAAAUCCUUGGUCUCAUCAACCUUAGUCAAAAUUUCUGCAGACUCACCAAGGAGCAUUCUACUUUUGCAGCUUUAAAAGGCCAGCUACUCUCUUCCCAAUUUGGAACUGACUGGACCAUUUUGCUGUCAGGCAGGUAAGAAAUACCAGUAGUAAACCAGCCUUCAGUAGAGAAAAAUACGUGUACCUAGGAACAACUCUGCUGCUCUGAAUGUAUAAUCCUAGUCUGUGGUUAAGGCUGUGUUCAUUUUGGAUUCAGUGCCAACAAAGCUGUGACUAUAGGAAUAGGCGCACUCCAGGCUGGUUUAGCUCAGGUAGUUAAUGUUAGAGCCUAGCUGGUUCUGUUCCUGUAGGCUUGUGUAACUCCCUGAUUAGCACGCAGUGAGUUCAGUACUGCCACAACCGAGCUGCAUGUCAACCAGAACAGGCCUGCCUUACAAAACCACCACUUCUGAUGGUUGUGUAGAGGUUUUACUUACCCAAAGUAGAGUACUUAAACAUGGUGCUAGUGCAAAGAAAAGCCAAAACCCAUUCAAAAAGAAAGAGGGGGAGUGCUCCCUUGCAAAGUUGUUAAGUUCAGGUGGGUUCUGCUCUUGCAAUUCACUGCUGUUGAAAUCUGUAACACGCAUUGAGUUACCUGGUCAUUCUUGGCAAAAUAGAGGUAGGUACUAGUCUACUGCUAGAAAGUUUAAUCCUUUGUUUUCAGCGUUGCAUCAUCAAGCAAAUUUUUAUUAUUCUCCAUCUGUCUGCAAAGUGUCUGGUAGACUUAGCAUUGAAAAUCACUGUUGCUGUUUGGCUGCUAAGGAUGGGGUUUUUUCUCAGUAUAAGUAAUAUGACAAUAUCGAUCACAAAUUUUCCUGAAGGUUUAUGAGUGUUGUUUUGAGUAACGAAAUCUCUGCCAAGGCAUAUACUUGCUGAUACAUUUAGUUCCCAUUUAUAUGGAUUACAGGUUCCAUUCUUUGCAGUGUUUCUGUUCUUAGUUUCUUUCCUAAGGGCAGCGAAUAGAUUUCUUCUUUUUAUAAGUGCCUAUGGGAAGAUUUCCAAAAGUGUUUCAGGACUUUGAGAGUCCCAGGGGUUUAGAUGCCCAGGUCCACCUGAUGACUUCUGAAAAAUCCUCUCUGUGUGUCAUUGGAUGAGUAUAGAGAAGUGUCCUUCAGUAUCUGCACGGAGGUAGUGUGCAAUCAUUUUCCAUUAUUGCUUUAGAUGAAUUUCUAUUUUUGUAGUAGAGAAAGGAAGACACAUGGACCAUGAACCUUCCAGCUAAGGGCCAGACCAACCCCAUUACUUGCCCUGGUAAUGAGCUGUUCCCACAAGUCGAGCAAAGGCACUGGUGAGACUGUCCCCCCUCCCCCAGCAAUGAUGGAGCUUGUCCCCAGGCCCUAUGGAUUGUUUUCUGUGUGUAUUUAUUUUUACAGCAGUGUAAGUUUAAAGUAAAUGUGUCUUGGUAUUGACCAGCAGACUUGGGAUUGGAGUUUAUACAUGUUCUGCUCUAAGGACUUCAACGUGCAUGUUGUUGAGCACUACCCUACAGGACUGUGUAAAGGUAUCGGAUACCAAGCAUCUGCCAUCAACGGCACCUUAUGGGAUCCAUAUUCAGCCACAAGAAGCCCCAGCAAUGUCCGUCCCUGCGCCCAGUGUUAGCUAGGCCUCUUGAAGGAUUCAGCCACUUCAUAUUAGAAAUGGUGACCCCAGGUGCUGAACUGCAGCCGGACACUGCCUGAGAGUUAAAGACUGCCAAUGCCUUGGAAGAGCUUGGUGGUACCUUGUGAGAUCAAUUGGACCUUCAGCAUGGGAUGGAGGUAUCUGGAUUCCAUGAUUUCCAUGCAGUUUUUAUCAUUCCAAAAAGCCACAGUAGUUUAUUGGCUUUCCCAAGUAAUUGAAGAUGAAUCUUUUGAUUUUAUUUUAUUUAGUAGAGGGAGUUCCAUUGGAACACUAAAUCAAAUUGAGAAAGUAUGCAUUUGCUUUUCCUCCUCUCAUGGUCACCUACUUCAGGUACAAGAUCAAGUUUUGUCUUAUUCUAGAUAUACUGAAGUGUUACCUGUGGUAUGUAUGAACUACAGCUGUAUGGUUUCUUUUCUGUAUUAAAGUAUAAAUUACA